UGUGGAUGGCGUAUUCUCCUUCCUGUUGCGCACGAUGCAUUGUGACGAUCUGAAUAAUCGACUGGUCAUUGUGGAAAACAGUGGUGGCAUCCUGCGCAACAUUUCAGCCGUGGCAGCUGGUCGAGAAGAUUAUCGGUAA